AUGGCAGUUGAUGUUACAAAUCUUUUUAAAGCAACUGUAAAGUCAGUAAAAUCUAGAAAUAAGGCUAUUGGGGAGAAUGCUGUGAAUGAUAAACAGAACAUUCUUAGUCGCUCCCGUCAAAAGGGUGACUUUGAAUCAAAGGCCAAAGAAGUUAUAACAAAUAUAACACAAUUAAGAGAUUUCCUCUUGUCACACAGGAAAGAAUAUAUCAAUUCAGGAAGUCACUUAUCAUCUGAAGCUUCCAAAAUGACAGACUCAGAAAGAGAUCAGAUAGAUAAUGAUGCCCAGAAUAUAAUUCGUACAUGUCAGGAGUCCAUAGGAAUUUUACGAUUAGAUUUAUCAAGUCAUCGUGUACACCCUCAAGUUAAAGAACACAGACAAAUUGUUAUAUUUCUUAUGAAUGAAUAUCUUAAAGCUGUGUGUAAAAUAUAUAGUGAACAGAAAGCUAUCAGAGUAAAAAGAGCUGUAGAUAGGAAAAAUAUAUCUAAAUUAAAGCCAGAGACCUCUAAUAGCCCUGUGAACAAUGUAGAUUUAAGUUCAUUAAUAAAGAAAUCAACAGAUGAAAAGGGUAGUGGAGAUACUGAUAAAAGUUCUAAUGCUCAAAAAUCAAUCCGUCCUGAAUUUGAUCAUGAAAAUAGUUUACUACCAGAAGAUGAAAUCUCACCCGAAGAAUCACAAAUGUUUGAAGAGGAAAAUAAAGCAUUAUAUGAUGAAAUGAACAGUAUGUCUCAUGAAGUUAAGCAAAUAGAAGGCAAAGUUAUAGAAAUAGCUAAAUUACAGGAAAUAUUUGCAGAAAAAGUUUUAGAACAGGAGCAUGAAAUAGACCAUAUAGCAAGUACAACAGUUGGUACAACAGAAAAUAUUAUAGAUGCUAAUGAAGAAAUUAGAGAGGCUAUAAAAAAGAAAGCUGAAUUUAGAGUGUGGAUUUUAUUUUUCUUAGUUAUGUGUGCUUUAUCGUUACUAUUUUUAGAUUGGUAUAAUGGUUGA